AUGGCCGCUGGUAACAGUAGUGUUCCGACAAUCACCGAAAAAAAGUGUGCUAAAUGCAAAAGGAAAGCAGUAAAUGGUAUCGAAUGUGCAACAUGUAAAUCCCUAGUGCAUAUAAAUUGUACAAACAUAUCCGAUGACACUCCAAUUAAGGAUUAUAAAUGCAUUUUAUGUGAAGAGAAGAAAAGUGAGGUUAUGUUAGUUACCACUGAAAAAACAGCUUAUCAAGACGAUGCCGAAACUCAAGGUAGACUACUAAAUGAAACUUUAAAGGAAAAUGAAAUACUUUUAAGAGAAAAUGAGCUCCUAAAAAAGUUAAUUAAGGAGUUAGAGGAAAAACAAGAUCUGCUGUAUUUUAAAAUUAACACUCUCGAGGGCUGCUCGGCUGUAAGCGCUGGGACUCUAGAAGGCUCAUCAGUGAUUAUAGCCCAAAACAGUAAAAAUAAUAACAUAAAACAAAAGAAGACUCAAAAACCAAAUGAGAAAAAUACAGUCGGUAAUAAUAAUGUUGGGAACACUGCACCCAGUAGUUCAAAUGUUCCACUGCAAAAUGACAGUCAAGAUAACCCUAAAAAUUAUCAAAACAGUGAAUGGAAAACUGUCUCUCACAAAGGCAACAAAAAUGGACAGAAAAACAAGAAUGUUAUAAUUGGCACCUCUGAGGAUACGAACCUAAAAGUCGCUGACAAAUCUGCCUGGUUGUACGUGGGGCGACUCCAUCAAGAAAUGACCCCUACAGAACUGUGUGAUCAUCUUAAAAAAUCCUUCCAAAAUGAAAAUUUUACUGUAGAAGAAAUUAAAAAACAUGAGAACAACCACAGUAUUAAUAAAUCCUUUAAGAUGCUGACAAAAUCAAAAAUGGCAAACCGCGGCUGUUGUUGGAGGUGCAACUAAACUAUUCACCACAAUACUCCAAUAUUGCAGUAUUUUUACUGGAAAAAUUAUUGCAAUCCUAUAGGAUAUAGGAAAAUAUUACAGCUAAACGCUCGGACACAUAAACGGAUUUGGAAUCUACGUAAACAAAUAUUAUAUGCGACUCGUUUAUUAUUUUUUCUUUAAUUUUAUUAUAGGUACUUGUCGCAAGAUUUAUUUAUUAUUUAUUGAUUUAAAUGUCGUUUAUUAAAAUUGAUACAUAUUAUACUAUUGGUCAUGAAUGUAAUGUAUAAAAAAUUAAUUUUGUAAAACAAAUUAAACCAACAAGAAAAAAUUGUAUAUACGAGGUGUGUUCAGAAAAUAUCGGGAAUUUUCGUUUUUUGAAACAAAUAAUAUUUAUUCGUCUACAUUAAUGUACUAAUACUCCCCAUUGGAUAUUAUGC